AUGGCUUCCUCUCAACUCUACAAUUCUUUGCUUUCCUCCUCUCUCCUCAUGAAAUCCCAUUCAACAUCCGCCGUGCACCACCACAUACCAAAACUCGUCAUAAAAUGCAACGCCACGCCUUCCACUGUCAACACCAUAUCUCCUCCUCCGUCAACCACUAAAUUCUCCGCCAAGUACGUCCCCUUCAAUUCCAUCUCCACCAACACCCCCACCACUGAGUUCUACUCCCUCAACGAAAUUGUGUACCGCAGCCAUGCCGGAGGACUCUUGGACAUACAGCAUGACAUGGAAGCCUUGAAACAGUUGGACGGAGAAUACUGGAAGACCCUUUUUGACUCCAGAAUUGGCACCACAAAAUGGCCUUAUGGCUCCGGCGUAUGGUCCAAGAAAGAAUGGGUUUUGCCAGAAAUUGAUAACGAUGAUAUCGUGAGUGCAUUUGAAGGUAAUUCAAAUCUUUUCUGGGCCGAAAGGUUUGGGAAAAAAUUUCUUCAAAUGAAUGAUUUGUGGGUUAAACACUGCGGCAUUAGCCAUACUGGUAGUUUCAAGGACUUGGGCAUGACAGUUUUGGUUAGCCAAGUUAACAGGUUGCGGAAGAUGAAUGUUCCAUUAGUUGGUGUAGGCUGUGCCUCCACGGGUGACACUUCGGCCGCUCUUUCGGCCUAUUGCGCAGCGGCGAAUAUCCCGUCCAUAGUUUUUCUUCCGGCGAACAAAAUUUCCAUGGCUCAACUGGUGCAGCCUAUCGCAAAUGGUGCAUUUGUACUUAGCAUUGACACAGAUUUUGAUGGAUGUAUGAAAUUAAUACGUGAAGUUACAGCUGAAUUGCCUAUAUACUUGGCUAAUUCAUUGAACAGUUUGAGACUUGAGGGACAAAAAACUGCUGCAAUUGAGAUUUUGCAACAAUUUGAUUGGAAAGUACCAGAUUGGGUUAUAGUUCCAGGAGGAAAUCUGGGCAAUAUUUAUGCAUUUUACAAAGGAUUCAGAAUGUGCCAAGAAUUGGCUUUAGUCGAUAGGAUUCCUAGGCUUGUUUGUGCUCAAGCAGCGAAUGCGAAUCCACUGUAUUUAUAUUACAAAUCAGGGUGGAAGGAGUUUACGCCAUUAAAGGCUAGUACAACAUUUGCUUCUGCUAUACAGAUUGGUGAUCCUGUUUCGAUCGAUAGGGCUGUUUAUGCUCUCAAGAAUUCGAACGGGAUUGUGGGAGAGGCGACCGAGGAGGAAUUGAUGGAUGCUAUGGCAUUGGCGGAUUCGACCGGGAUGUUUAUAUGCCCGCAUACAGGGGUUGCAUUGACAGCGUUGAUUAAGCUUCGGAAUAGUGGGAUCAUUGGUCCGACUGAUAAGACCGUAGUCGUUAGUACAGCUCAUGGAUUGAAGUUCACGCAGUCGAAGAUUGAUUAUCAUUCUAGGGAGAUUAAAGAUAUAACUUGCAAGUACGCGAAUCCACCGGUUCAAGUGAAGGCAGAGUUUGGAUCUGUCAUGGAUGUGCUUAAGAAGUAUUUGAGCAAUACAAGACUCCAUUGA